AUGACUUUCGGCAAGUUUGAUGUUCUUUGCAACAAUACGAUGCUCCCGCUAUGUUCAGUGGUAGGAUCGCUUAAUGGUACCUCCAUUUUUGAUAAAGGGAUAGUUCCAGAGUGUUACCCCCGCCCUGUUGAGUUGGCCAACACCAUGAUCUUCAACUUGGGAGCUGCGUUUAUCCACUUUGGCGCUCUUUUGGUGGUGCUCAUCAUCAUUUUCAACGUGAGAAACAAGUACACAGCUAUCGGAAGAUCUGAACUUCUUCAUUUCUUCUACCUUUACCUAGCGCUAACGAUAAGCUCCCUUGUCGUGGACUGUGGAGUUACCCCACCAGGAUCAGGCAGUUAUCCAUGGUUUGUGGCGCUUCAACUAGGAUUGGUAAGCGCUUUGUGUAUCUCCUUGCUUUACAACGGAUUUGUGUGCUUCCAGUUCUGGGAGGACGGUCUGACGAGGUCCAUGUGGAUCUUGCGGCUCCUAAGCAUUGUGUGGUUUGUCAUAAACUUCGUGAUUGCGAUGGCAACAUUUAAUUCAUGGGGUUCAGCCUUGGAUGAUCGGUCAACGACAGCACUCUUCGUUGUUUCAUACGUGAUCAACGCUAUCAUCUUGGCUGUCUACGUUGUGUCACAACUUAUACUCGUGUUCUUUGCGCUUGACUCGUGGUGGCAUUUAGGAGCAAUCGUGCUCUUCUGCUUUUUCUUUGUCGCUGGCCAGGUCCUCAUGUAUGUCUUCAACAACCAGAUCUGCCAGGGCACUAAGCAUUACGUUGAUGGCGUCUUCUUUGCAACGGCAUGCAACUUGUUCUCAGUUAUGAUGAUCUAUAAGUUUUGGGACAUGAUCACGUUGGAUGAUCUUGAAUUCUCCGUGGCCAAUGUCGAGCAGGGUGUUACAGCAUUUGGAGAGCAAGAAAAGCGAUACAGUACGCUCUUCUGA